AUGUCUCAUAGAGAAGAAUACCGACAAUGGCCUUUUGUUACAGAUGAUGAAUUUGCACUUGUCUGUGCAUUCCUUGAUCAAAGAUAUAUCAAGGCGAGAUUAGGACCUACUAGGCAGGUCUUCAAGAUUCGCUCAAGGUGGACCGCAACCACUGGAAGCUGUUAUAUUGAGAUAAUCCGACUGCUUCAGCUCUCUGAGGACCAAGAUGAGCUAUCACUUGCACUUCAAAAACUAAAUGGCGGUCGAGAGGAGCCUUCCGAAGUGGACAUGGAGAUAGAUGUUGAGAACGAGGACGGAGACCAAGAGGCACUUCGCCCAGAUUUGGAGAAUCAUAAGCCAGGGACCACGACUUAUCAAAUUCCUUCCCAAUGCAAUCCCUAUUUGAGCUUGCCUUAUGUGGUUUAUGAAAUACAUCUACAUCCCACUUAUCGCAUUCCUACUUUGUGGUUUACGUUGCACGACCUUCCUAUGUCAGAGCCAACAUUUGACUUAAACUCGGUCUACCGUUAUCUUGUACCAGAAGGGUAUAAAAGUCAGCUUCGAGAUGCUGGGAUCACUGGUGGGAUAUCUGCUGCUCCGCAUCCCAUCACAGACGUACCAUCUUUCUUUAUCCACCCCUGUCAAACGAAAGAGGCCAUGGAAAGAUUUGACUGCCCAAUGACGGACUAUCUCAUGGUCUGGCUUGGUUUAGUUGGAGGCUGUGUUGGAUUAUGGUUACCCCCCGAGAUGGCCCAGGAGAAUACAAAUGGAUAG